CUCCACUCUUGUUAUGAAACCGAACUGGUGGGUGUGUUUGGCGGAUUCCUCCAGAAGCAACAGCAGCGAUCCAAACUGGUCCACUGUCAACAAUGCUUCGCAUCACCGCUGCCACCCUGUGCACUUACUGUCCGAGGAUAAGGCUGCUGCUCCCUCCCUCUGCUGCUGCCUCCAAUGUCACUUCUCAGAACAAGAGACUGGAAAACCAGCACACAGUGGACUCCCUCUAUGAACUGUCAGUGGACAUCCGCAAGGUACGCAAGUUCAAGGGCUGGGUCCUGUCUGAGAGCUCUGCAUAUGUGUCUGAAACCGCCGAUCUGUUGAGGGACAUGGGUGCAGACACGACGGCAAUCGCCCGGAUCCUGGAAACUCACCCUGAGGCUGUCCUGUGUCGGCCGGGGGAUGUCGCCGCCCAGAGAGACCUCUGGGUGUCUGUGUGCCCCAACAAGCGCGAGUUGAUGAGCAUCAUUGAGAAGUUCCCGGCCUCCUUUUUUACAUUAACUCACCAUAGCAACCAGCGGGCCAACAUCCUUUACCUCCAGAGCCUUCGCCUGAACAAGCGGAUCAUCGGCAAACUGAUGGCCAGCGCCCCGCAGAGUUUCAGUCGACCUGUGGAGAGCAACCAGGAGGUCAUCCACACACUGAGGGAGACCUACCUGGAUCUAGGCGGCGAUGAGGGCAACCUGCGUGUUUGGCUGCAGAAGCUCCUCAGCCAGAACCCGUACAUCCUGCUGCGGCCCGCUGAGGCCUGGAGGGACAGUCUGGGCUUCCUCAGGGAGCAGGGCUUCAGCACCGAGGAGCUCCUCAGCCUGGUGUCCAGCCUCAGAGCCUCCAUCGCAGAGCUGCAGCCUGAAGCCAUGCGGCAGGCGCUGGCCUACAUCGAGGGGGCUCUCGCCUGCUCCCAGGACGAACUCAAGCAAACAGUGAUCCGCUGCCCGGCCAUUUUGUACUACUCCUUGCCCACCCUGGCGGCGCGGUUCCAGGGGUUGAUGGACGUCGGAGUGAGCAUGGAGCAGGUGAAGAAAUCUCCGAACGUCCUGGAGCUCACCACACAAAUCGUGCUGUACCGUAUCCAGAAGCUGGCCUCCUACGGGUACGACGUACGCUCCGGCAGCUUGGACUUUAUCGUGGGAACCAAGAAGGACUUUGAGAUGAGCUACGGGAAGCUGCACCUCAGACAGCAAAGGCCACUCUUCAACCCUGUAGCUCCCCUCAGAUCUGCUGAGGAGUGAAUGUCUGAAUGUGUUGAUACUCUGCACUGUGCUAAUAUAUGUGGGGGAAAAAAACAAUGGAUGCUAUUUACUCCUGAAUAUGAGAAGGGGUUCACAUCUUCACCUUUCUGCAAAGUGCAUGAAGAAUGGAGGCAGUUUGAAAUAUCAAACCUCCAGCAAUACUUGUAGUAUUGAGAACAAGUUUACUAUAAAGCAAAUGUUUUGACCUGUGGCCUUCAUCACGGUCUUUUGAUCUGAUGCUGAGGGCUCUUCUGAAAAUAUGACACUGACUGUCUUGAAAUCUCGAGUGCCAAUCAUUGCCUGUCCAUCUUGUAAAUUAAGAUUUACUACUGUAACGAACGAACUGUUUGUGGUAAUUGAACACAACCGAUGAGCAAUAAAUGUCAACAUCUGUGACGUCUUUUAAUUUUUUUGUUCAGUGUCAAAAACCCCACAUCCAUCUAUUUUCUUCCGCUCAUCUGGGGUCGAGGUCGGCACAUGCUGAGCUGGGUAUUCCAGACGUCCCUCUUUCCAGCAACGCUUUCCAGCUCCUCCUGGGGGAUCCCAGGUCAGAUGGGACAUGUAAUCUGUCCAGCGAGUCCUGGGUCUAACUCCGGGGUCUCCUCCCAGUUGGAUGUGCCCAGAGAACCUCCAAAGGAAGGCGCCCAGGAGGUGACUUUACUCCGAGCUCCCUCCAGAUGUCUGAGCUCCUCACCAGCCCAGCCGCCCCUGCGGAGGAAGCUCAUUUCGGUCACUACCCGGAGCUUGUGAGGGUGUGAAGGAAGAUCCACUGGUAAAAAUCGAGAGCUUUGCCUUCUGGAUCAGCUCCGUCACAACAAUCCCGAUACAACCUCCACAUCACUGCUGAUGCUGCACCCAUCCGUCCCAUUUAAUUUGAACUCUUAUUUAAAGGUUAAAUAUGACGAGUUGACUGUUUUCAACACUUCAGCACCAAAGAACAGACUCAUACCAUUUGUAUAUUUAACCGAGUUUUAAUUAAACAAGCACAUUGAGAAGGAACAAGAAGCAAACGAAGCAGUUCUCUCCAGUGGUACAUUUAUUGGGAAUUACACGGAAGGGGGGGGGCAUGA